AUGUCGUCCAAAGGCCUCGCCGCCGUGCUCUCCAAAGCUCCCUCCGACAUCGUCAUCCUCUCCUCCCUCCGCACCCCCAUCUGCCGCUCCUACAAGGGCCACCUCAAGGACGCCUACCCCGAGGAACUUCUCUCCGCCGUCCUCAAGGCCACCCGCCUCGCCGUGCCCGACCUGGACCCGGCGCUCGUCGACGACGUCGGCGUCGGCGUCGUGCUGUCCGAGCUGGGCGGCUCCAAGGCGGGCCGCAUGGCGCUCAACCACGCCGGGUAUCCGAACAGCACGAGCUUGUUCACGGCGAACCGCGCGUGUGCGUCUUCGCUGCAGAGCAUUGCGCUGGUGGCGGCGGAGAUCCAGAGCGGCAUGGCGGAUGUGGGCGUUGGGGCGGGCAUGGAGAGCAUGACGCGGAACUACGGGAGCAAGGCUGUUCCGGUGGAUGUCUGGCCUGCGUUGAGGGAUUCCGAGACGAAGCGGGUGAGGGAUUGCGUCAUGCCCAUGGGGUUGACGUCGGAGAAUGUCGCGGAGCGGUACGGCGUGGACCGCGGGAUUCAGGACCAGGUCGCCGCGGAAUCGCAUGCGAGGGCGGCGCGGGCGAGAGACGCGGGCUGGUUCGACUCGCAGAUUGUUCCCGUCACGACGCGAUUUCAGGAGGUGGACAAGCAGGGCAACGCCGUGGGCGAGGAGCGGCAAGUCACGGUGACUCGCGACGACGGCAUUCGCGCGGGCGUCACGGCCGAGGCGCUGGCCAAGCUGAAGCCGGCGUUCAAGCCCGACGGGAAGAGCACCGCGGGCAACUCGAGCCAGAUCUCGGACGGCGCGGCGGCGACGCUGCUGAUGCGCCGGAGCACCGCCACGGAGCUCGGCCUGGGCGGGAACAUCAUGGGCAAGUUUGUCGGCGCGGCGACGGCCGGGUGUGACCCCGACGAGAUGGGCGUCGGGCCGGCGCUGGCGAUCCCGAAGCUGCUGAACCGAUUGGGGUUGAAGAAGGAGGACGUCGACCGGUGGGAGAUUAACGAGGCGUUUGCGAGCCAGGUCGUGUAUUGUUUACGAGAGCUGGGAUUGAUGGAGGCGUGGGAGAGGGGGAGGGUGAAUCCUGACGGAGGGGCGAUUGCGCUGGGACACCCGCUCGGGGCGACGGGGGCGAGGAUGACGAGCACGUUGAUGCAUGGGCUGGGGAGGGAGGGGGGUCAGGUUGGUGUUGUGAGUAUGUGUGUUGGGACGGGGAUGGGCAUGGCGGGAUUGUUUGUGAGGGAGUAG